CGACUCGCUCUUUCGUUCCAUCUUGUGAACGGCGCAUCGGUGAAGCAGCACAGCGACAGUGUUUACAAUAGGCCUUCGGGGCUAACAGGUUUUCAUCUUUGUUUCUGACAGUGUUCAACUGCGAAGGGCUUUCACUGGGCUAACGCUCUGCCUGCAGACUGAGCGGGAUCUCGCGAGAGCGGUGGCGUGGCUGCUUGGCAGUAGGCUUGCAGUAAGACAGAGGGAGAAGGCAGGCAGCAUCAUGGCGGACAGAGACAGUGGAAGUGAGCAGGGAGGAGCAGCCACGGGCCCGGGUGUCGGUUCCAUGCACCCAGUGACAGGAGGGGCGGGCUCGGCUUCCGGGCUGCAGCACGAGACGCAGGAGCUCGCCUCGAAGCGGGUUGACAUCCAGAACAAACGCUUCUAUCUAGAUGUAAAGCAGAACGCGAAAGGCCGCUUCUUGAAGAUAGCAGAAGUCGGGGCCGGGGGAAACAAGAGCCGCCUCACUCUCUCCAUGUCUGUGGCUGUCGAGUUCCGCGACUACCUGGGGGACUUCAUCGAGCACUAUGCCCAGUUAGGGCCGAGCAAUCCUGACAUUGCGCAGGACGAGCCGCGGCGGGCGCUGAAGAGUGAGUUUCUGGUCCGGGAGAAUCGAAAGUACUACAUGGAUCUGAAGGAGAACCAGAGGGGCCGCUUUCUGAGGGUCCGGCAGACCGUCAACCGGGGGCCCGGCUUGGGAUCCACGCAAGGCCAGACCAUCGCUCUUCCAGCCCAGGGACUUAUUGAGUUUCGCGACGCUCUCGCCAAACUCAUCGACGACUACGGAGUGGAGGACGAGCCGGCGGAGCUGCCCGAGGGAACCUCGUUAACUGUGGACAACAAGCGAUUUUUCUUUGACGUAGGCUCCAAUAAGUACGGGGUGUUCAUGAGGGUAAGCGAGGUCAAGCCCACCUAUCGCAACUCUAUCACAGUGCCCUACAAAGUGUGGUCGAAAUUCGGGAGCACUUUCUCUAAAUACGCAGACGAAAUGAAAAAGAUUCAAGAGAAACAGCGGGAAAAAAGGGCAUGCGAGCUUCAGCAGCAGCAGCAACAAGAGGAGAUGCACGGAGACGACGGGGACGAGGAUUGAUAGUGGAGAGAAACAAGCAAAAAAUAAUCAGAAUAACCUAAAGAGAAAUUCUACGUACUUUGCUGUAAAAAAAAAAAAAAAAAGAAAGAAAAAAAAGAGAGAUACAUAAAAGAUAAGUAACUGUUUAACUCCAAGGGAGCACUACCCACAAAAAAAAUACAAACCUCCACAGUCUGACAGUCCACCCAUCACCUGGAUGUCAUCCACUUACCCACCAUUAAUACAGUAAGCGGCUGCUAAAACAAGUAAUAACAUUAUAUAUGAACUGUGUUUCCUACUUGACGACAACAGAACUGAGUGUUUCUUUUUUUCCCCUCUUAUUAACCCAGAACUUUUUUUACAUGUUCCAAGAUAUUCUAAAAGUGUUUGCAAUGGAGUUAUUGCCGAGAUUACGAGGAAUCGGUUCCUUUACGUGUGAGCUAAUGACUUCAGCACAAAUCAGAUGUUUUAUUUUUUUUAACCAAAAUUUCGAAUCAUCUGAGGAGGUUGUCAUGAUAGCCAUGCCUAGAUAUUCCAACCAUCACCUGAGGGCUAGAUAGGAACCCUGAAGUGGGGUGGUAAAAAUAUCAACCUGUUGAUUGACAGAGGUACAGAGGUCACCAGAGCAAGUGGUCGCAGUGUGUAGGUGUCCAGAAGCGGUGGGCGACCUUUUCGCAAACAUUCUGAGGAGUAUUACCAGUGUAUUUUUUUAAUUGAAGUUCUUGUCAUGCAGAUGAUAAUGCUAUGUAUUUGUGUGUUGUUGUCAUGCACAGUGUAUAAAAAAAGGUACUUAAGUAAGAGCAAUGACAACAGAAGAGAAAGAGCUCUCUAAAAACCUUUUUGUAACGAAACCGGACCCCUCGAAACAAACAUACAAAGAAACGUAUGAAAAUGCUCAUGUAGAAAAACAUACAAAGUAUGAUUUUGUGAAUCAGAUGUAUUUCAGUGGAGAAGAAAACAACCCACGUUUUUAGUGGGGGAUUUGACAAACAAUCUGUUAAAGGGUUUAAAAUAAAUAUAUAGAAAUAUAUAUAUAGAUAUAUAUAUCAGUCUACCAAUGAGAGGAUGAGAGGCACCAAGGAAUGCUGUCGUUGCAUGUUAACCUGUGCACAGAGACAUUGAGGUGGAUUUCUCAAUGUUCGUCCUCAAGGAGUCAUCUCUGUAAUGGUUUCAUUGUCCAUAAUGUCAGUAAUGUUUGGUCAGCUAGUUGGAUUAAUACUUGUUUUUUCUUUCAAGGAAUGAGAUGUCCGAGAAAUAUGUGUAAAUAAUAAGAUAAUAUAUAAACUCUUUUGACUGUUUGAUCAGACAUCAGUAACAAGUCUUUGAGACGAAAGCCCUUUUUCCUUGGGGGCCCUUGAGGACCUGUGUUGGGAGACCCUGACUUUAAUGAAACUUGUUGGGGAGCAUACUCUUCAGCAUUAAAUAACCUGGUGCCUUACAUACUCUGCAUGCUUAUACACUGGCUGAUGCUUUGGAUCUAAGUUUGGGUCUUGUUGAUUUUAGUUUUUUCUUUCUUUCUUUCUUAUUCUUGUCUGGUUUUGUUGAGCCCUGGCCCUCCCCUAUGCUAUUGCAUAACUCGUGGUUUGUUUUUGUCAAGAAGCAAAUCAUUCUGAUCACAAAGAGUGACUCAGAAGUCACCUAGGCAUUUUCCCCACCUUUACCAAAAUGUAUCAAAUACAUUUUUCUUUUGGUGUGAGGUAGACUUCUACUGAAGUCUCUCUGUUGGCAGUAACAUGUCACUGUCACAGACCUAAAGCUUAGUUGAGGUGUGUGGCCAGGAUCCCCCCCCUCCCCCCCUCUAACUUUUCAGUGUUUCUUCAUGUAAUUUGUCAUUUUGGAAACUUUGCUUCACAACGUUUUUUUCUUUUUUCUUUUCCCAGUGCUAUAUUUCAUUACUGUGUGCAAUAUUGAACGUGCCAAUGUUGGCAAUAUAUGUAUAUCAAUUAAAUAUAUGAUUAAUAUUUGAAAAGCAUGUGGCUGAAUUCCACGUUUAUUUCUUUAAAAAGGUCUUUAUUUCUAUAAAACCUUCAUCUGCACUUAAAAAAGGUCUGUAUAUGGAAAAGAAACCAACAAGUUUCACCCAGGUGAAGCGAACACAUAGCAGUUAUCUGAUCUGUCUGCACUUUUUGUGAAUGUUCAUGUCAUAAACGUGCCCCGUUUCGUCUCUGUUCCUCUUGACAUGGGAGGGUGGGGUUUACUGGAAUGAAACGAUGGGGGUGUGAAGGCCUUUGGGUAAGGGGCAAUGAAAAUGUAUCCUUAAUUUCCCUACAAAUACAUACAUGGGAUGAUUCUAAUGAUGAAGGUGUGUGAAGAACUCUUCUCUCUUCAGUAGCACAUUGCUUUCCCAGAUGGAGAAAAAUGUCUGACCAAUGUUUGUUUGAAAAUUAUCUCAACAAGGAAUGCUUUGUGCCGUUAUUAUUAUUUUUUCUUUACCUCUUAACUUAUGUUCCUUACCUUUGCAAAGAGGUUCACUGAAGUACUCAUUCGGCGGUUAUGCGUCAAAUAUAAUUUAUGUACAUUUUACAAAUUAAAAAAUAAUAAAAAGAAAUGUUAAUUUCUCAUGAAAAGAAUGUUCAAUA